GGCGGCGCCUCGCCCGCGCUGGCUUCAGUUGUCAGUGUGCGUGUGUGGCGGCGGCGGCGGCAGCGGCGGCGGCUGAGAUUUCUGCCUUGUAAAUACUGUUAUUUGUAUAUACUGUAAAUGAUGACAUCGGUAGGCACCAACCGAGCCCGAGGAAGCUGGGAGCAGACACAAACACAGACCCAGGCACAGCACAAGCAGAGGCCACAGGCCACUGCGGAGCAAAUUCGACUGGCGCAGAUGAUCUCCGACCACAACGAUGCUGACUUCGAGGAGAAAGUGAAACAACUGAUCGACAUCACGGGCAAGAAUCAGGAUGAGUGUGUGAUCGCCCUGCACGACUGCAACGGAGAUGUCAACAGAGCCAUCAACGUGUUGCUGGAGGGAAACCCAGACACGCACUCCUGGGAAAUGGUGGGGAAGAAGAAAGGCGUCUCAGGUCAGAAAGACAGCGGACAGACGGAACCCAGCGAAGAAGGCAAAGAGAACCGGGAAAAAGAGCGGGACUUCAGCCGGCGACGGGGGAGCGGCUUGCCCCGAAGAGGUCGCGGAGCCAGCCGUGGGAGAGAAUUUCGGGGCCAGGAGAACGGACUGGAUGGCAGCAAGACGAGUGGCUUUUCCGGCAGAGGCACGGAGAGAGGGCGACGGGGACGUGGGCGAGGCAGAGGCGGUUCUGGACGACGGGGAGGAAGGUUUUCUGCCCAAGGCAUGGGGACUUUCAACCCUGCGGACUACGCAGAACCCACCAGCAUGGACGAAAGUUAUGGCAAUAACAGCAACACGUGGAACAGCACGGGAAGUUUUGAGCCGGACGAUGGGACGAGUGAGUAACCGGGGUUCGGUUACU